AAUUUAAAGAAGAAGCAGCGACUCCAGAAAGAAGAAACGGAGUUACGUGCUAAAAAAGUAAUUAUUGAGCCUAAGUUAAGUCUACUUUAGGGAAAUACCCGCUCCCAAGAUGCUCGAUCUGUACAGACGCACGGUGGCACGAUUUCCGCUAGGCAGCGUCAGCUACAUGUUCGCCUAUGGAUCCGGCGUCAAACAACAGGAAGGCUAUGAAAAACUUGGCAAUGGAAAUGGUCAGCGACCGGCGCCGGGAAGCGUUGUAGAUCUGGUUUUCUGCGUGCGGGAUGCUCAGGGAUUCCACGCGGAGAACCUGCAUCGCCAUCCAGCACAUUAUUCUGCUCUUGGACAUCUGGGACCGCGCUUUGUUGCCAACUACCAGGAGCGUUUGGGUGCUGGCGUCUAUUGCAAUACUUUGAUUCCACUGGCGGAUGUGGGUCUUACCAUAAAGUACGGUGUCGUGUCGCAGGAACAGCUGUUGGACGAUCUACUUGACUGGCGGCAUCUAUAUCUGGCUGGGAGGCUCCAUAAGCCCGUAACGGAUCUAGUGAAUCCCUCAGAUAAUCCUUCUCUUAAAGCUGCACUCGACAGCAACCUUUUGUCUGCUCUGCAAGUUGCUCUGCUACUAUUACCGGAAAAGUUCACCGCCUACAGUCUGUUUCACACCAUCGCUGGACUGAGUUACAAAGGAGAUUUCCGCAUGAUUUUCGGGGAAAACAAGCAGAAGGUGCAUAAUAUAGUUAAUCCGCAAAUCAAGGAUUUCUUUGCCUUGUACCAACCUUCAUUGGCGCAACUCUCCAAGUUUGUGGCUGUCAAUAUGAACGGUCAGGAGCCAGGAAGCGGGAAGGCAACCAUACUCUUCGAGCAGGAUAAAUCCUCGACAGCCGCCGCCCAACACCUGCAAAAGUUGCCCGUGGAGCUGAGGAAACGCCUAAAGCGGAAUGCUGCCUGUCGGGGCGAUUACGCCGAGGUGGUGGAUCACCUUUCCGUGGCUUCUCAACUUCCGGAGGUGCUGCAGGCAUCCGUCAACGACAUCGUUUGGCGCAGCAGCGUCACACAAUCGAUCAAAAACAUCGCCAGUGCGGGCGUUCUCAAGUCCCUGGUCUACAGCUACCGCAAAGCCCAGAAAACAUUCGCUGUUUAGGUUUAUUUUUGGGAUAAUCCCCUGGCUGCCAAUUUACCGACUAAGUUGUCCCAACAGCUGCAUUUCGUUAUAUAAUUUUAAGCUUUAAAGUUGUUAACUGCAAUAUAUGUAAAGCCCAAGUCAAAGAAAUGAGUUUUUUUGGGGAUCUCAGAGAGAAACUAGGUCAAGCAAUAAGAUUAGUGUUCUAGAUUAUUUUACUAACAGAGAAUACAAGUAAAGGCUUAGAUGGAAUCUGCA